AUGAAAUUAAGAACAGUACUCUGGCUGUCACUGUGCUCGAGUGGCUUUGCUAGCAGGCUACAUCCUCCGGCAGCUCUACACGACGACAACAUGGGUGCAAGAAUACUGAGGACAGCACUAAUUGAUCCGCCAACUGGUGACAGCCAGAGUUGGCCGAUGUAUACAUACGGCGCACACGACAACAUUCCUCCAUCGGACACGAUCCCAGGCACAUACGUCAAGACAACCGCAUCAGGCUGGACCGCCGGCUUCUUCCCCGACAGUAUCUGGCACAUGUACCACAGAGCGAAGCAAACACGUCCAUCUCACCGACAGGAUGCCACUUCAUCCGGUCCCACUCCAGACGAAUGGCUCACCCUCGCCCACCAAUGGACAGCGCCCCUAACCUCAAACGCCAACCUCACCACAACCCACGACCUCGGCUUCCUCGCCAAACCCUUCGAAUCCGCCCUCCGCUUCAACAACGAAACGCACUACCUCCCCAUCCUCGCUCAAAUGUCUUCCAGCCUAGCUGCUCGCUUUGUGCCCGAAGCCGGCGUGAUCCGCUCCUGGGAUAACAAGAACACCUCCUUCUCCCAGAACGCUUCACAUCAGGACUCGGUUCUAGUUACAAUCGAUAACAUGAUGAACCUCGCGCUCCUUGCCCGCUCCGCAGCGGAGUACACGGGGAAUGCGACAAUGCUGGAGAUGGCGAUCUCGCAUGCGAAUCGAACUCGAGAUCACCACUUCCGCCCCGACGGCUCGACCUUCCACGUUUGCGAUUACAGCGGCACGACUGGGGAUCUCUACCUCUGCCGCACAGCACAGGGACUGGCCGAUAACAGCACCUGGGCGCGAGGCCAGGCUUGGGGCAUUUAUGGUUUCGCGGAGAUGUAUAGUUUCGUGCAAGACCCAUCGUACCUUGCCACAGCUGUGAAGGCUGCGGACUGGUUUCUGGAUCAUCUACCUGAAGAUGGAGUACCGUUUUGGGAUUUCGAUGCGCCGCGUAUACCAGACGUGACGCCCCGGGAUAGUUCUGCCGCGAUGAUCGCGGCGAGCGGGAUGAUUCUGCUACAGGACCAGAUCGACCGUACCUCAUCGCGCGGUCCUGCCAAGGAUGGGAGGGGGGAGAGGAGGAGCAGAAGGAGGAACUACCCCGACGCAGCGAUCAAGCUCCUCCACGAUACCCUCGACCUCACGCUGGCUGGGCAGAUUGGUUAUGCCGACAUCGACAAGCAACAUCCAGCUUCGACACUAGGCGCCACCACAGAUCCCACCACACCAGCGAACACAUCCGUGUCGAGAGGCUUUGAGGCGAUCUUGAUGCAUGCCACAGCAAACAACAAUCCCAGCGCAGGGGAUGAGAGGAACUUCGAUACGGGGUUGCUGUAUGGUGAUUACUAUCUCAUUGAAGCUGGGGACAGGCUGGGCUAUAACAAAUGCAAAGAGUUCAAAUUAUCGUAG